AUGGAUGGCAAAAAGAAGAGGAACAGGAAGAAGAAGGGAAACCAAGGGAAGAAUACUGGUGAUGCGGUGACCAAUGCCGAUGAAGCUGUUCCUCAGAGCCACAAUGAUGAUUUGGCUCCAAAAGAAAAUUAUAGUGGUGCCGAUGCAGAUGAUGCAGUGUCCAGUGUUGGAGAUGCAGUGUCCAGUGUUGGAGAGGGAACACAGUACCAGAAUCACGAGCAGAUUCCACAUGCAAAGCACAAUAUUGCAAACGCUGAUGAAACCAUAUCGUCGUCUGUUGGUGAGGUGAUUCCAUGCGAUGAGAAUCACGAACCUACCAUGACACACGAGAGUCACAAGGUCAGUAAUACAGCCUACGCAGAUCAGAGGAGCAUUGGGAUUUCAGAUUCUACCGUGGAACUUGGCAAGGACCGACUUUUUGAAUCAAAGCUUGAGAAAUUACACGAUACAAUAAAGCAAUUGGAAGAUGAGAAAGGUUUAUGGCUUCAAAAAGUGAACAAGAUGGAGAGCGAACUUGAAAAGUUGCAUAACAAAGUGGGUUAUCAUGCACAAAAUGAGGUCAUUUUGGAGGAAAAACUUAAUAAUCUACAGAAUGGGUACGAUAUGCUGGUUAAAAAGGAGGAGGUUUUGGAUAACAAAGUCAAGUGCGUUGAGGAUGUCAAUGGUGUCCUAACUCAUCAGGAGACUUCUCUUAAAGAAAGAUUAAGUUUGCUGGAGGAAACCAACAAAGCAUUACAGGAGCAGGUGAAGGUAUUGGAUGAAACUUCAAAAAGUACUGUUGAGGAAAAUCAGCGGUUGGUGGUAAGUGUGGAUGAAUUGGAGUCAAGAUUACAAACCCUUGAAGCAAAGAUUGCACUUACUGAAGCCUCCAUUACUAAAGAGGUUCCUGAAACUGAGGUGAUGAAUCAAACAGAUCUGGCCGGUUCAUUUCUCCAUAAGCAGACCACUGAUUUUACGACCGUGAUGAGUAAAGGUAACGAACCUACUGCUGAUAGAGGUCUGAACAGUUCGCUGGCAGUUACUUCGGACAAUAUCUACAGUCAUGUCAGCAACAUUCCUGUCGGUGCCUAUGCUAGUGAUCAUGCAGAUGAAACUUUGGUGUACUUUCCAGAAGCAACGAGCAGCAAUGGUGCUGGCCAGAGCCUCAUGAAUGCAAAUGCGCGCCAAGGAUUUGAUGAACCAAGAACAAGUGGUGAAAUCGUGCCGGUUCCGUUGGAUGAUAUACUGAUUCAUGAAGAUGAUCCACAGCCAGCGGGAUCAGAUGUUGAGACAGCUGAGGAGGUUCCAUUCACCGAUGCCCCCAUUGUUGGCGCACCCUUCCGGUUGAUCUCGUUUGUUGCUAGGUAUGUCAGUGGUGCAGACUUGGUGAACCAAAAGUAA